CAGAAGGCGGAGGAGCCCGUUCUUCUUGUUGUUUUUUCUUGGGCGUUCCGUUCCAUUUGAUAUUUCAAGCAGAGCAUGAGCUUCCUUGCUUGCGAUUCGUUGAUCCCGUCGGUUCCGGCGGAGACGAUGAAGGAGAACGAGGACGGUAAAACAGCAUAUGUUGUUUGAAACUGGAGGUUGUAAAAAUGAAUAAGAAAGAACAGUCUCAUGAUUCAAUGAGACUGUCAUUUUUGUACAUCAUGCUGACGCUGAGAAAGAUUUCCAUUUCUCUAUUUUUUCAACCUACACCGCACAACAGUUGUUGGAGUUGCCUUCUCCGCUAUGAGCAUGUCUUCCAGAGCGAGCAAUGAAGAAAGCGGUGUGGGUUGGUAAAACCGGUGCCAGUGGAGAG